CGCCCGCGCCGCUUCCGGGGCGGGGCCGGUGUCCCGGCGGCGGGCCGGGCGCCAUGGCGGAGCUGGGCGCUCACCUGACGGCCGCCUCGGCCGGCGACGACCGCCCCUCCAUCUUCGAGGCGGUGGCCCAGGACAGCCUGAUGGCCGCGGUGAAACCCGCCCUGCAGCACCUGGCCAAGGUCCUUGCUGAGUCUAACCCUGGCCGGUUCGGCCCCCUCUGGCGGUGGUUUGAUGAGGUCUAUGUCCUGCUGGAUGUGCUGCUCCAGCAGCACUACCUGGCCCGGUGCAGCGCCUCCUUUUCUGAAAACUUCUACAGCUUGAAGAGGAUCCCGGUGGGAGACUGCAGACAGCAACCUCCGGCUACUGCUGGCCUGCCAAAGAGGCAGCACUGGAAGUCUCUCCUCUUGCUGGUUCUGGUUCCUUACCUGAAAGGAAAGCUGGAGAAGCUGGUGUCCAGCCUGAGGGAAGAGGAUGAGUACUCCAUCCAUCCUCCGUCAUCGUCCUGGAAGCGUUUCUACAGAGCCUUUCUAGCUGCCUACCCCUUUGUCAACAUGGCCUGGGAGGGCUGGUUUCUUGUCCAGCAGCUGUGCUACAUCCUGGGCAGAGCUCAGCACCACUCGCCCCUGCUGCGCCUGGCCGGCGUCCGCCUGGUCCGGCUGACUGCAGAGGACAGCCAGGCCCUGCAGAAGAAGUUGGCUGGAGACACCUCAAGUCAAAAGCAGAGCAUUAAAGAACAAGUGCAGUCAGCAGUGAGGACAGCCCUGGGCGGCGUCGCCUUCUCCCUGUCCACCGGGCUGUCCGUCAGCGUCUUCUUCCUCCAGUUCCUGGACUGGUGGUACUCCUCGGAAAACCAGGAGACCAUCAAAUCCCUGACGGCGCUCCCAGCUCCGCCCCCUCCCGUGCACCUGGAGGAGGGGGCUGGCACAGUUCUCCUGCCCCAGCUGAAGACCCUGUGUCCCCUGUGCCGCAAGGUGCGUGUCAACCCCACGGCCCUGGCCACCUCGGGCUUCGUGUUCUGCUACCGCUGCGUCUACAGCCACGUGCGCGGCCACCAGCGCUGCCCCGUCACCGGCUACGCCUCCGAGCUGCAGCACCUGGUCAGGCUCUACACACCUGAGGGCUGACAGCCCUGCUGCUGCUCCAGCCACACCUCAGCCUCCAGUCACCCCUCCUCCUGUCCCAUAGGGGACUUUUCAAGCACUGCAGCUCAGCAGGGAGCUUGGAAACUCCUUUGAAGUCACUGGGACAUCAGAGCUCUGCUGCCUUUGCCAGUUCUGGUCGGGCUCUGCCCUUUGUUUCCACACGGAUGCAAUGUGCUGUGAUGGUUCCAGAGGGCUUGGACACCACAGGCUGUCAGCUGGCUCAGAAAUGCCUUCAAAGGGAAGAACACUGAUUUGGAUAAGAACAAUGGAGAUGUGAGGAUCAGAGAGCAUCACUUUUAAAAGUCCUGCUCCAGGGCAUGAGCCAGCACAUCCAAGCAGCAGGAAAAAAUCUGGGGGAGUGUUAUUCUUCAUGGAGCAGCUUCCCAGGCACUCAUGCUGCCCAGGACAAGCUCUGGAACCAGUGGUGGUCAGAGCUGGGGACAGUUUUGGACCUCUCCUCUGAUUGUGCUCCUCUUCAGUCUCCCUGUGUUUUCAGGCUCCUCCUUGAGCUGAGAACAUCACAGCUCUAACCCUCACCAACAGUUAUAAAUUCAGACUUGGGACUCUUUAAAGGAACAAGAGGGGAUGUGUGCAAGAGGUGGUUACAUUUCCUGCUCAAGGGAGGAAAACAACCAAGCAGAUUAAAGCAGUCACCGUGCCAAAUGCUAAAGUUGCUCUUUGUUAAAUAAGUCUUUGAAUCUCUUAUUAUCUGCUUUUAUGAAGCAAAAUUCUUUCUUGACCUAACACUUCUUCUGUGAGGACCAGAAAAAAAUGUUUGCUCGUCUGAGGGCCCUGUCGACAUAAGGGGGACCAGACUAAAGCUGCUUUCAUCUUUGCAGAUGACAGAAUAAAAUAUUCAGCAUAGAGUAAUAGUA